AAAUUUGUAUGAAAGGUGUGCCUUGAAUUGAAAUUUAUCAAUUCGAGUGCAAGCAAGUGAUAUUUAUUUAUAUUUUUGUGUUUUAAAUCAUAAAUAAACAAUAUUUAAUCUACCUACGUCAAUUACAUUCAACAAAAACAUUCACGUCCCUUCCAACGCAGCAUGCCUAAACACUGCAUUCGAACUGAAAAAAUCAUGAAAUAGGAAAAAUUAUUAAAAGAAAAAAGAAAUACUAAAUGUAACGUGAUAUGGCAGACAAUUUAAUUACCAACUAAUUAUAAAUGGAAAUGGAUUACUCAACGUUUUACAUUGCUUUUAUGACAAUAAAUGUAACAUUAACAUUUAUUAUGAUGCUGGCAGCUUGUCUUUGUUGCAAGAAAAAGAUUCCCAAAAAUGAAUUCAUGGGAAUGGAAGGAAUGGUUAAGCUUAAGAAUCCUGACGACCAUAUAGUCAUUAACAAUGUCGACCAUACAACCUCACAAAAUGAUUUAAAUCUAUCAACAAUAUCGAAUGGAGACUCAGAGAAGAGAGCCAGUAGUGCACCGCAUCGAAGUCUGCCGGACAUUCCAAUAAACGAUACUGUAGAUAAUGGAUCAGAGCUCUAUGAAACAGUGGCUGAUAAACUUGCUGGAAAGCCUCAGGACAAAAGCCCUAAUCCAAGUUUGAAGAAACAGACAAGUGUAUCUCAACACAGUUCGAUUAGUCAAGCGGACGAUUUUAGUUCACCAUACUCCAGAGUUAAGAACUCCCCACACGAUUAUGCCAAGGUUCGUAAUAUGGAGCAUCCCUAUGCUCAACUCAAUGCUCCCAGUACAAGCUCUGCAGUGGCCGGAAGCAGUAGUCAGCUAACAUUUGAAACCGUUGGUGUAAUAUCCAACGAUAACUCAGACUCCCAUCGCGGAUCGAAUCAAAGUCUUUUGGUGGGUUCAGCAGAUGCUCAGCAAGAAAUGAUAGCGGCCGCAUCUGCGAUUGCAGGGAUGGUAUCGGCGAGUCAAGAUCUUCCAUAUAUGACCCCGCCCAUUGUUCAGCAGCCGUAUUUUAGUGGUGAUUCUCAAGACUCGUCAAAAGGUUAUACCAGUAUAAGCGUUCGGGAACCAUUGGCAAAUAUUCUAGCACAAUCGAAAGUUCGUCACAACCGAUUGAUCAAAGAAGGAAAUGAUUCUCACUAUGCAACUGUAUCCGAUGAUUCAGAUGAAACCUAUGCUGCUAUUGAAGAUCCUAAUAAUCGUGCUGUAGCUGCUGAAAUUUAUACCAGUGGAUCAGAAACAUAUGCUCAAAUCCAGCCAUCCAAUCCGAUUGUGGUAGCAGUUGAAAUCAAUACUAACAGCACGUCUACACUUCGAAUGCAAGAUAGUGCGGAUAGUGCAAGCAGUAGUACAAGAAAUAACAUCAAACCAAACGACUGCACUCCGAUUCCUCCGCCAGUAGAUAGUUUACGUGCUCAAAUGCAUUCGAGGCAGGCAUCCUCGUCAUCUAAUAAUAGUUCAAUGGGAAAUUUAGGCUCACCAAAACCGGAGAAACGCCAAGCGAACUCUCCACUUCCACCAACUCCCAAAAAUCAACAAUUCCUAAGUAGCAACUCAAAUCUCACAUCAACAUGUUCCUUAGCUUCAGGUAGGAACUCAGUCGCAUCUGUGAUCGAAUGUAUACUUCCGCAGGAUGGGAGUAGCGCCGACGAUUCUCCCAUAAAAAAGAAAAACUUUAGUCCGUCCAAGGAUAAGGACAUUGAAGGAAUGUAUGCUAAAGUAAUGAAGAAGAACAAAUUCUCACAAAACUCUUGCUCUCAAAAUAACUCUCCUAUCCUCGGCCGUAAACACUUAGAAAACAAUGCUUCCACACAAGAAAUUACUAAAAUUACCAACGAAAAUGUAAAUUUUAAGGAUUAUGUGAUAAAUUCUAUGCACGAACCACCAACUUCAAGUAUAAGACGGCAACGAAGUAACAGCUACUGUACCAAGGACGAUGGCUAUGAAACCAUUCCAGCUGACAAGAUUAAAGAAAAAUCUAGUACAAUUGAAAAUCGCAAAUCGGACUGCUACGCACAGAUGUUACAAAGUGAACGUCUCGUGGAACGGGGGUUAUCACCACCACGUCUGCCUGUGGCUCUUAUUAAAAACUUUACCAAUGACUCUUCAUUAAAUACGGUGUUGAAAUUGAACAACGAACCGGGUUACGAAAGCUUACCCGAUCAGUCGUCAGCAAACAAUAGCGAUCCUGGAUAUGAGACCUUGGUAAAGAAGAGUGAAAAUCAAUCCCAAAGAAAAACCACCUCUGACUAUGAUCCAAACUACGAGGUUCUACAUCCUACUAAGUAUUGCACUACUGGCUCAGACGAUGGAUAUGCGAAGGUAAUGGAGAAGCCUAGACUCGAUUUCGAUGAUAUGAUUGAUGGCUACAGCAAGGUUAAGGAGAGAAAUGCCAUCGACGAAGACAUUCCCGGCUACAGUCGCAUUGGAGAACCAAAAACUGAAGACACUACUAAAUUACAUGACUAUGCGAGCAUAGCCGAGGCGCAGAAAUUUAAAGAAAGCAUCACAAUAAAUUGUACUUUCAACAAUAACAACAACAAAUACGAUAAGAACUCGGAAUUGUACUCAAAACUAUCACAACCGCCACCACCACCGCCGCCGCCUCUUCCGCCAAAUUCGUUUGAGAAGCCCCUAAUUUCUCCUUCAACAAGCCAAAGUAGUGCGGAUCAAGUGCUGAUAAUUAAAACUAGCAGUGACACACCCUCAACUACCCUCAGCAGCAGCAGUCAUCAGUUAUUGCCAUCGAAUAAUUAUGAAUCGUUAACAGGCAGUGAUUCGGAUCCGAAUUAUGAAUCAGUGCGUUAUCUUGACUUGGAGAAUCCCUACGAGAGAUUACAAACAGAAUCCACUAACACGGCUACGAUAAGCUCUGACAUGCCUCUCAGCACUCCAUCUAGCAUGGAUGGGAAGAAUUCAAACAGUGAUUCGAAACUACUCAGUACUGGGGAGAGUGCUACUGCUAGCGAAAAUGGCGAUGUAGACGACUAUUUUCAGGUCUGAUUUAGAUGCUCUUCCUAUAUACCUACUUAAAACGUCAUUAGAGGCAAAAAUAAGAAAAGAAAAGAAAACCUAAUUUUAAUUUAUUUCCUAUGAUUUGUUGUUAGAAGAGUUAAAAUAAAACUACGUACAUACAAAUAGAUUUAAAUCGAUGCUGAGGACGCUUGUUUGUUCAGCAGGGCUUGCAGUAGUUUUCCUGUUUAGCGGAUAGCGAUAACGAUAGCGAUAGCGAUAGAAAAUGAAUGUGAUUUAAGCUUUUAAAUUUUGUAGGUUAUUUCUCAUUCGUGUAUAUCAUCACACUUUUAUAAAUCAUAUUCCUUAAAUAUUUUUUUAAAUUCGAUUUUCCUUCUUUAUUUGAUUAAAUUUGUUCCGUACAAAGUAUUAUUCUUUAACAGAUUUAUUUUCUAAGUUUUGCUUUUUAUUUAAAAAAGAAAAAAUAAAUAUUACAACCGAAUAUUGUUAGAAAUUAUUUUAAGCAUUAAAGUAAUGUUUAGCACAAUGACAACAACCUAUCAACCAACAACCAAUUACUAUUACUAUUAUUUCCAAUAUACAUAAGUAUCUGUUUUGUUUUAAAAUAAUUUUUGUUUUGUUGUUUAAAUGAACACUUCUGUAAUAUUUAUGCAUUUGCUUUUGAGCGAAACCCUUAUUUAAGAAAACUUUAGACUUAAGAAAUUUUUUAUAUGUCAUAUAAAUGUGUGUAUAAUAUUAUAUAUAAAAUAUUUAUUUCUUUACAAGACUUGCAUAGAAAUAAAAGAAAAAACAACUUAAUAAUAUUUAUUAAAAUUGUUCUAA